GACUAAUUAACAUAUAAAGGGAGGUUGAGAUUUGGAAAAUUAAAACGAACAGUUGAAGCUGUAUUUAUAGUGCUGUCUAACAAGGCACACGUGUGUUCAUGGUUUAUUUACUAUGGUUUGCCAGAAGGUGGCAACAAACCAUAUACUGACACUUCAAUACAGAAAUGUAUUAAAUGCACAUGGCAAACAUGAAAACAAGACUUUAUUAUUUUUGUUAUAAAUGACUGCAUAAUUGUAUCUCUUCAUGUGCACUUUCUAUUUACAAUACAUUUCAAUUACUUUGGGUGUACCAUAGGCAAUAAGCUCACGUUUAUAGGGUGGCGCCUAGGAUUCUGUGUAACUGUGUCUAGUUAUUAUAACGUGCAGUUGAACAGAAAUUAAAAGCGUGGAUUUAAAAAUAGAUGUGACCUUAACGGAAGUAACUGAUAAAAUAGGCAGAAAUAAAAGGAUGUAUGCUGCUGCGGCUGGUAUGCUUGCUUCAAGCUUAAUUGAACAGAGCUUGCCAUUACUAGCUUAUUUCAAAGUUGUAUCUUUAGUUCCUAAAAAUUAUUUUAAAUCAUUUGUCAGGUAGAUUGUUUAUCCAGCUAUUCGUUUGCUGUGAGGGAUUUCCCGUGCUAUGUGUUACCUUACGUGCUAAUGGACUUUUAUCGCUCUAGAUUAAUUUCAUAGAAUUCAGCUAGCGGAGAGUUCAGACCUCAUGAGCUUACUAUUCACUGUACCUAGGAAAACUUCUGCAAACUGUCUGCAAUAGUUUCAAGAAAGUCCCGCCCCUCUGCAACGCCCCUUAGAAGCUGGAGCCUAUUUAAGUACAAAGUUCCUUUUUCUUAGUUUUGUGUCGAUUAAGAAAUCUGAUCGAUUUCAGAAUUCACAAAGAGCAUACAUAGCAGAGAGAUGAACUUAGACAGUGACUGCAGCAUGUCAGUCAGUUGUGGCAAUGGGAAACUUAGGCAGUGGCUGAUUGAGCAGAUUGACAGCGGGAAGUACCCAGGAUUGGUUUGGGAGAGUGAUGACAAAACCAUUUUCAGGAUUCCAUGGAAGCAUGCUGGCAAACAAGACUACAACAGGGACGAAGACGCAGCUCUCUUUAAGGGAUGGGCACUUUUCAAAGGGAAAUACAGGGAAGGGAUUGAUAAACAAGAUCCCCCUACAUGGAAAACAAGGUUACGAUGUGCCUUGAACAAGAGCAAUGACUUUGAGGAAUUGGUGGAAAGAAGUCAAUUGGACAUUUCAGAUCCUUAUAAAGUUUAUAGAAUAAUACCAGAAGGUUCAAAGAAAGGAGCCAAACAAAUUAGCAUGGAGGAGCAGUCAGUACAUAUGAACUCUCUUGGCUACACUAUGCACCCUUCAUAUCCUCCCCUGCAAACUCAGGUAUCUAACUACAUGGUGCCUCAUGAGCGUAAUUGGAGGGAGUAUGAGCAGCCUCACUCUGAAAUGCCUUACAGCCCAUGCCCAUAUCCUACACGAAACCAUCCCUGGCAAGGCGGUGCUUGCGAAAAUGCAGGUUACCAACUAACAGGAUCAUUUUUUUGUUCACCUACUGACUCGCAACCUCAGGGUCUUUCACUAGAUUCUGCCAUGAGGUCUGCAGAAGCUUUUGCACUUACAGAUUGCCGCCUAAACAUUUGCUUAUACUACCGAGAAACCCUGGUUAGAGAGGUGACAACAACAAGUCUGGAAGGCUGUAGGAUAUCUUCAAGCCCAAGCAUAGAUGACAAAAUCUACAGCUACAGCGGCAUGGACCAGGUCAUUUUCCCCUUCCCGUUUCCAACUUCCCAGAGAAAAGGCAUGGAGAAGCUACCAAACCAUCUGGAGAGGGGGGUGCUGCUGUGGAUGACUCCAGAUGGGCUCUAUGCCAAAAGACUGUGCCAGAGCCGGAUCUAUUGGGAAGGGCCUCUUUCACCAUACAGCGAUAGGCCUAACAAACUAGAAAAGGAACAGACCUGCAAGCUAUUCGACACACAGCAGUUUCUGACAGAACUCCAAGGCUAUGUCCAUCAUGGACGUUCGAUGCCACGGUUCCAGAUCGUCUUGUGCUUCGGUGAUGAGUUUCCUGAUCCACAGAGGCAGAGGAAGCUGAUUACAGCUCAUGUGGAACCCAUGUUUGCAAAACAACUGUAUUACAUUGCGCAGCAACAUAGCACUGGUCCUGUCAUUAGAGGAUAUGAUUUACCCGAACAUGUCCCUGCUCCUGAGGACUACCAAAGGGCUAUUGUUCACCCCUCCAUCCAAGAAUGAAGAUCCAUUUUAGAUUAUGUAAUAUUCAUUUGGAUUACGGAAUCAUCCAUGGAAGGUAAUAUCACUUAGCAUGCAGUAUCUGAGCGGACUGAGAACUCGAUAAGAAGAUACGUAACAACUUAAUAUACUUUCACAAAAACCAUGGAAAGAGGAACUACCUACACGUUAGAGGAAAACUAACAAAACAAUUGACUUGCAGGCAAUUUUGUAUUCCUAUCAAAUGAUUGACUGGAUAAUUUUGCAGAAACUGCAAUAUUUAUUUGUUAUCCCACCUUCUCAAGCUAGAACAGAACAUUUGUUUUCUUCAGUCGGAAGAAAAGCCAUUAUUGGGUACAAUACCCUAACAUUGCUAUGUUUUUUUAUAUUGUUUUUUUUUUUAUUAUUAUUAUUACAUAUUUCAUUUUGAUUAAAUGUCUUUUAUUUGAAGACUUACACAGUAUUUGUUUCCACAGGAAUGUGAAAAGCUUCCCACUGAAUUUUCUGUUAACGCCUGACUUAAAUUUACCCUGUCACAGAAGCCAUAGAGACAUAAUAGUGCCAUUUAAUAUCAUGUCUGUAGUGUCACAGUGGCUAUAUUAUGGGUUUAAUCCAGGUCUAACUCCUUGUUGGUUUAUAUUAUUAUCCAAUUCAGCGAAUUACAUUUUUUUAUUAAUCAAUAUUAUACUAUAAAGAUUCUUGGCACGUUUAAUGAGUUAGUAGUUACAGAACAUUUGUUGCAGAUGUUUCCUAAGCCAUGUACUUUAUAAGGAACUAGUGUAUGAUAUUAGUGUCACAAAUCAUGCAAUAAUUACAAAAAAUGACAAUAAAUAAAAAACAAUUCCGCAGUACACCUUUUAUGCACUCGAAUCAGUGUCGUUCACUUCAUUGCUCCCAUAUGGUUAGAUUCCGUCCAUAUAAAAAAAAAAAAAAAAAAUGUAAUGAAGCAGGGAGAAAGCAGCUAAACAUCCAGUUAUUUUACUUUUCAUAGCUUUUUAGAAAUCCAAAAUAUGUUCUCUUGAAUUGAUACAUUUGUUAAUAUGUAAUAUAUAAUACAUGCUAACACAAGUCUGCCCUUUUGUCUUAAGCACGUAAUAUCCUGUUAAUAACUCACGCAGGGUUGGUUUUGAGAGUGCCCAAUAGUGGCUUACUUUACAGUAAACUGAAAUAAUCUCAGUGAUAGAGGUAGGGUGGGCUACCCACACAGCUUCCUGGCAUGUGCUAUGUCAUUGUUGGAAAACACAAGAUUCAGGUAAAAACCCACGUGUCAAAGUCUUCCCUAAUUAUCUGUUGCUGCCUCUGAAACAGGAGGGGAAAGACCCUGUGGCAAGAGGUACAGGAAGACCAUUUCUGUGAAUAGGUGUUUCAGUGUAAGCUUGUAAACAGCAAGCAGCAGAGCAGUGGGCUUUUGGUUUUACUGCAACUAAUUUGAAACUGGGGCUAACUGGAAAUGCUUUUGCCUCCCACUACAUUUGAAAAAAACAGCUGCAGAACAUCGAUCUGCUUGACCAGAAUAUGCACCCAGGGUAUAUUUUGAGCUAAAUGGCAUAAAAUCCAUGUGUAACUCCCAGAACAGCAUGUUUAAUGUUGCCUAUACCCAGUACUGUAAUGUGGGGGUUUAGAACCAGAUUGCGUAGCAUACUGUGGAAACAGGUGUUUUUUUUUUUAAUCCUGAACAAUAGAAGGUGAUUUCUGACAUAACUCAACAUAGUCAAACCAUUAUUAUGAUGAAAGUUGUGAAAAACAGGGAACAUAGCAUCUGCUUUGGUUCCCAAUGCAUUUUAGACCAUGCAUUUGUUCUUGAUAACUGAUUAGUAGUAAGGUAAAAAAAAAAAAACGUUUUGGCUAGUGUAAUGGUCAGUGUACUGAGACAGUAUUUUGUAUAUUUUAUUUAUUUAGAGCUUGUAUUUUAUGUGCCCAAAAUUGCCCACAUUCUGUA